AAUAAAGCGCGUUCGCUUUCCCCUUCCUCCGCUAUCACAACCCAUCUCCUCGCCCCUUCAGAGUAACUUCGCCAUAUUCGCGGUGGAACUCCAUUUCGGAGCUUCAACAUCAAACACCAGUUCUAGGCUUCAGCAAAGGUAACCUGUAUUCAAACAUAAAAUGCCAGUUCUAGGCUGCAGUUUCGUCCAAUAAAAAAGCCCUAAGGGUGCCAAUUCGCGCUUCCCGUAUUCCACUCUACCAAUUUUUGAUUUUAGUCAUGGAAGAACAAUUUAUUCUGAGAGUUCCACCUUCUGUUGCUGAGCGAAUUGACCGCCUUUUGAGUGAAAAUGCUUCUUCUUCAGAAGACAAACUGGAUUUAUCUUUUUCUGAGGAUGGAAAGAGUGGCACUUUUGUCAUAGGCGAUGAGCACUUUCCUGCAUCACUGUUGAAUCUUCCUUGCAUAGUGGAGUCAUACAAAACUUAUGAUGACAGCGUGCUGAUUAAAACAGCAGAUGUUGGUCAAAUAAUUAUGGUGAGAGAAGAAGGUGAUCCUGCUCCAGAUGUGGUGGAAUAUAGACAUGGCCUCACACCUCCAAUGAGAGAUGCUCGAAGGCGAAGAUUUAGGAGAGAACCAGAUCUUAAUCCUGAGCUUGUUCGGCGCGUUGAGAGAGAUCUGCAGAACAUACUGGCGGGUGGAACAGCUGAGAAUAUUGAUAUAGAAGUUGCUGAGCAAGAGGAAGGAGGUGAAGCAAGUGCACGCCAUGUGAAUAAGAAAGUGGCACAACCUGCAACAAAGCCUGACAUUACCGAACCUGGGACUGCAGGUGAGGAUCUUGAUAGAACUGAAUCUGAAGAUUCUGAUGAUUCAAUAUAGCCGAGGACAUUUUUCAGCAAACAAAGAUUAGUUAGCUACAAAAGUUGUUUUUGGCAAGUGGCUACCAAGGCUCCGUCACUGAUAUAGUCUACUUCAUGGUUAAUGGCCUUUGUAACUUGAUAGAAGUUUUAGCUCUUGCAUUUCAGUACAGUUUGCUUGUUGAUCCUAUGCUUUUGAACGUCACUGUUGUAUAACAGUUUGCAAUGUCUACUCGAGAGAUAUGAGACGAUUGCAAAUUAAUUUUGUACAAUGAUGGUCUGUCUCCUGUUAAAUAUAUUGAAUUUGCUUAUUUUUUCUUAA